UUUUUAAUCAUGUUAAAAUGGUUAUGGUCGUCUCUUCCUCUCCCGUCUUAUUUUCCUCGCAACUCUCUCCAGUUCUUCUCAUCAUCUUAAUAGUUUCCUGUCGCCUCAGCUGUCAAGCCUCUCUGGGUAAUCGCCCUAUCUUUAAUACGCCUCCGGCAUCCCACCUCCUUGCUCGCCGUUGGAUCCCAAGUCUCAACGGCCACUCUGUGCGAGGGAACGUCCCCCUUUUAAUACUCCGUACCGCGAACCACCUGAACCUUACCCACCCAUUGAUCGGCAGUCUCACCCCCUUAACAGACUUUCCAACAUGUUCUCCAAGAUCGUCGGUCUCCUUUACUCGGCCCUUGCGGUCAGCGCGGCCACCCUGCCUACCGUGGUCUUCACCCCAGGCGCCUGGCACGGCCCGCAGUCGUUCGACCUUGUUCGCGCCGGGCUGACCCUCAAGGGCUACGAGUCCGAGGCUAUCACGCUGCCCUCGGUCGGCGCGGAGCCCGCCACCGUCGGCCUCGAGGAGGACGCCGCCGUGCUGCGGUCCACCAUCGAGACCCUCGCCGACGCCGGCAAAGAGGUCGUCGUCGUCGUCCACUCGUACGGCGGCAUGGUUGGCGCCAACGCCGUCGAGGGACUAGGGUACUUGCAGCGCGCCGCCAACGGCCAGGCCGGCGGCAUCAUCAUGCUUAUGUACCUGAGCGCUUUUGCUGCGCCCAACGCGACCAGUUUGCUGGAUAUGCUGAGCGGAGAGUAUCUGCCUUGGAUGAGAGCCGAUGGCGACAAGGUCUACGCCGACACGCCGGAGACGAUCUUCUAUGCCGACGUCGACCCGAUCCUCCGGGCCAAGGCGAUCGCAGAGCUCAGCUGGCAGUCGGCUCGCGUCUUCUCCGACCCGGCGACAUACGAGCCCUGGAACGACGGCAUCGAGGUCAUGUACUUUCACUGCGAGCAGGACCAGGCCAUACCCCUGGCCACGCAGGAGGCCAUGGCCGCGCAGUUCCCCGCAGGGUACACGACCUUCUACGCCAACUCGUCGCACUCACCCUUCUUGUCUCACCCGGACCUGGUCGUUGAGGGCGUCGAGCUCGCCGUCAAGGUCGGUCAGGAGAAGAUUGCUGUGUAAUGGGUGUUGGCAAGAGGGAGAUACGACGGCGUUUCGUCACUUGACGGUCGUCCAGGCGAGAGGAGUUGGACGGAUUCAGCAGAAUAAUCCAAUGGAGAUCGACCGCUACGUAUCAAGAGAACAAUCAAGAGGAGCAAUCAAGAAUAACGAUGCUUACCGUGAUUCCACACCAAGGCGAGAGAUGCCUCUGUAUUGUCCGAGGGUCAAGCUUUCAACGGCCCCCUUGAUGAAAAUUAAUCCGGAUGCGCGGAAGUUGACCGCAGACAAAUCCCCGUCCGCAUAGUAAUAGCCG